AUGAGCACAAGUAGAGUAGGACAUGCAAUUGGUCAAUACAUUUGUAGAGAUACCUCUUUAUCAUUAAGAAAAUUGGUAAAUAAAGUGAGUUCAUGGAGAAUCUUCAGUAUCACAUCUGGAUUAAGAAAAAAUUUAGAUCAUACAGUUCCUGAUUUAGGAUUUGGUGGAGCAGAAGUGAACGUUUUUGUAAAUUCCAAAAGAGACAAAGUGAAUUUUGGAAAGUGGUGUCAAAUUACAAAAUCAUUAAAAGAUAUGUUUGUUCAACUAGCUACUGACAUAGAUCUGUCAGAAGAAAUACAACAUGAAUUGGUACUUCCUGGAUUUAUACAUGGUG